AUGUCUGGAAGAAGCGAGGAAGAAGCUCACGCUGCUGCGGCGAGCCCCGCGAAUGCAGUACCGCAGGGGCAGCGUCGGUCGAGGUCGGGACCCGACGGCGGCGGUUCCGAUCAACAGCCCGCAGCACAUCGCCGAAGGGUGGGAGAAGCACAGCAGAGGCCAACGUGGACCCUCACCAGUACGGUGGAGGAAGUGCUGCUGUUUGGGAGAGAAGGGCCAAUUCCUGACAUUAAAUUGAACGAUUUCCUCCGCAGAGAAUUGGGCGGCAGGGGAGUCGUGGAGGCCAAUGAUAAUGUCUCUCUUGAGAGUUUUGUUGCGCAACCCGAGGCAUUUAUCGCAAACGAGGAUGAUCUGCGGCUAACACUGGCGUCGCCGUUCUACACGGCCAUAAAGGAGGCAAUUGAGGAUGCACGCAGGCUUGUGGAGCACGAGGUGGACACUCUUCAGCGCUGGAGGGAAUUUGCGCAGAAGAAUAUUGUUUCUCCUGUUGGACGGGCAAAGCUCGAUGCAGCCCUUGCAGUGGCGGUGGAGGAGGAAGCGAGGCAGAGGCGGGAAGAGUUGGAGAAACUGCCUUGGGAAGAGAGGAUGUACCGGUCGGUGUACGAGGCGAGGUGGAGCUACGUGGAGUCGGGCCACGCUACGGAGCCGCUGGGGAUGAGGGUGGUGGAGGCCAACUCCAGCGAGCCGGAGAAAAUGUGGAGUGCGGGUGAGGUGAAUGUCAUACCUCAUCCAGGUGAUAUCGACGCGAUCGCGAAGAUUGAGGAGGAAGAGGAUGAGGGAGAGGCCAGUGAUGUGCGGCUGGAGUUUCUGGUGCUCACCUCUGAGAAAGGGUGGCCGUACAAAAAGUUUGCAGUGGCUUUCAAGGAAGUAUUUGUGCGCAAGGAGGUGGUGCGUGUGUGGAACGUCCUCAAGGAAGAUAUCGACGGCUGGCCCACCGCUGCUGGCAGCAUUUUCUUGAGGCGGGCGUACGUUGUGGUUGGAACGCCCGGCAUUGGCAAGUCGCUGGCGGUGGGGCCCUUCGUGCUGUAUCAGCUCCUGCACUACGACGCCGGGAAGGUCCCUUUGGUGGCCUACUUUGUGGACGGGUCAAUGUACCUUUUUCACAAAACAGGAGAACAGGCAGGGACCGUGGUGAAAUACACAAACACUGAUCAGGGUGCGUUGGUCGUCCGGGCGUUGGCUGAAAAGCAAAUUGCGGGUUACUACAUUUUUGACGUGACUAAGGGACUUUGUCCUUCAGAGGAGCUGCCCAAUGAACAUUGGGGUGGAAUUGUGUUGACGUCGCCUGAUAAAAGCAACUAUGAGGAGUGGAAGAAGCAGCGGGGUGCACUUUGCAUUUAUGUCAACUGCUACACUCCACGAGAGCUGAAGGCGUUCUACGCGUGGCAGAAGCGCAACUCGCGCAUAGGCGAGGAACGAAGAAACACGAUGGUUGAUGAUUGGAAGACGAUGAAGCAACGCAUUGAUAUGGUUGGACCUCUCCCUCGCUAUGUCUUCGAUGAGGGGGCCUUUAAGGCACGGUGGGAGGCAAUUGAGGCUGUGCUGUCCGGUAGGUCCGACGCAGCCUGGAAGCGCUUCGCGAAACUUUUGUUCGGCAAGGCUGAGUGGCGCCAGGACGGAACAACGCACAAACUGAUCAAGCUUGUGCGUGUGUUGGUGGUGGAGAGGGACGAAAAUGCAGAGUGGGGCGAUGAAAGUGAGUCCGAAGAGGAAGAAGAGUCAGAAGCGGAAGAGGAGUCAGGGGAGGAGGAAGAGGAAGAGGACGAGGAAGAGGAUGUGGUGGUGGAAAGCUCCAGCAAUUAUCCCGUUUCACGCGAGGUCGAAAAAACUUUGCGGCGAAUGGUGAUAACUGAGAACUUGCAGAUGUCAGCUUUGCUGUCCGCCCUGGGAACGUGCUGUUUUGGUGCCGCUGCCGAUCUCGAGCGCUUGGGCUGCUUGACGUUUUUGAUCGGCGGCGUCGUCGAGGCAGUUGCCCGCAAGAUGAAGUACAUUCCCCGCACUGCGGGGGGAGAACCGCGGGGCAGCGUGCUGGCGGACGGACACGCACGAGGUCGCUUUCCAAGCAGGCCCCGCUUGUUCGAGUACAAGAUGGAAGGGGCUCGGAACACUGUAAUACAGAAGGUUGACCUUGAAACCGGUGUUCUGUAUAUCCCUGACACACGCCCUUUCCCCGUGCUGGACGCGUUUUACGUGGCCGAGGUGCAGCCAAGGGCGCCUCCAGCGGACCCUGAGCAGGCCAGUGCAACUCGCACCGGUGACCAGAGCAGCGCCGAGAGGGUAAUUACGUUUAUCGGGCUGCAGGUGACAAAGCGAGCUACCCACGACACCACCGCCAGUAAGAUGGCUUCAUUUAUGGAAUACAUGAGGAGCAACUUCAAUAACUGGGAGGUGCUGAGUGAAGCGAUGGAGUGGGAGUUCAUUUACCUCCGGCACUCUGCGUGCACGCCGAUGAAGAGAAGGCAGCAGUGUAUUAUCUUGGAGGAGGAAAAGCGGAGUCGAAGUUUGAAGAGUGCCAGCGAUUUCUGGGAGAGAAAGGUGGAGCAGUACCAGGUGCAACUUGACGCGGAGAUUGCCCAGCUGCUGGUUGCUGCAAAUAAACGCCGCCUCGUGUAG